AUGCAAGGUUGUUGGCAUCUGAUCCCUCAACUGGUCGUCAUCCAAUCCCUCUCAACUGGUCAUCAUCUGAUCCCUCUCGACUGCUUGCCAUCCGAUCCCUCUCAACUGCUCGCCAUCCAAUCCCGCUCAACUGCUUGCCAUCCGAUCCAUCUCAACUGCUCGCCAUCCAAUCCCUGCUCCUAUUUGCUUCAGCCUUUUGUUAAUGCACACCAUCAACAAUCAACAGAUCUUUUGGAUCUGUUUGAACAGACAGAAUCUUGGACUCACAAACUCAUGCCUUCAACAAACAACAUUCUUCAUUUGUCCUCUUUUGAUCGCAUUAUAAUCCACAACAACUCAAUGGCUUCCAUGGAAUUAUAUGACCCAAGCUUACCACCGUACUUCUCUCCAAUGAUCAACCUGGCAGCGAAUGGCUCUCCUUCCCCGGUUCCUCAAAACCCGCCCAUGUUCACUUCCAAAGGCUUCAGAGUGUUAGGCCUUGGUCCGCCGGUGUUAUUUGAGUGUGCUGUCAAUUUUACUAUCUAUUGUAGCGAGAAAACCAAACGCAAUGCGACAAACUGGGUAGCAGUCCAACCCAAAUCCGAGCUUUCUGUUACUUUCAACACUCGCGAUAACGUCAGUCUAUCCGGCUUCCAAAAAAUGAUUGCUGAUAAAUGCAAUGAGCAAUACAACUGUCUUGGUCAAAUCAUCCACAAGGGUACUAUCGGCUCACCGUCUACGAUCACGUGGAAUGUCUAUAUCCUUAGCAACAAGAAGUUUCCAAAAAAGAAUUCCCAUCACCUGUUUGAUGAACUUUCCUUCAACCAAUGGAUCACUGAGAUAAACACCUCCAAACAAACAAAAGGCGGGGUUGUCAUAUUGAUGGACAAUCCUCGGAAUGCGGCCGUCCACGCUCGCAAAGAAGAUUUGGUUGCAAAAACGAUCAAGCGGAUGGAAGCUCGACAGCUUGGUCCAGUCGGUCCUUCAAGAAGAUCCCAAAGGGCCUUAGGCAAUAGCGAUGUGGGAGAGUCCAGCGAUGUCGAAUUCGAAGACUUGGACAUCUACACCGAUCAGAUCUACGCAAAGUACGGCAUGAACAUUGAAUACGACCGAUUCCAUCCCACCUAUCCUGAUCCCACCAACGCAGACCGUUAUAUCCCACUUACUUCUGGCAACAUCGACAUCUGGGCCAAAGCUAUGUGUUCUCGCGUUGCUGGAGUCAGUCUGACUUCACCCCCAAGCUCGCUCAAGUACGAGACCCGCAAGGGCAAAGCCAAGUCAAAGUUAUCCAAAGAAACCUCUGCCGGUGCCAGCAACAACUCCUUUGUUGAAUUUGCGAACUGGUUCGCAAACCAUCAAGCCCGCAAUGUCCGCGCCUCUCCUCCUUCCUCAGUCCAUGGUGCUACUCCCGAUCAACUUGUCGAUUACUUGGUCUUUGUCAGCAUUGCUCCUCACAAGCGCAAGGAGUUAUUGACCACACUUCUUGAACACGAUAUCGACAAUUAUCAAAUGUUCAAGUCCCUCUCAGUUGAAGAGUUGAGAUCGAUUGGUUUCAAUGUGGGUGUUAUAUCCAAACUUCGCAGCAAUGUUAACAAAUUCCGAAACCAUCUUGCUCAAAAUCCCUGA